AUGUAUGUCAGCACGAACAAAUCACGGAUCAAUCGGGUCGAUAACGUUACAUUGAGCACAUUUUUAGAUUGCGGAGCCGGUCCCGAGAAUUGGUGCCGUGAUUUGUACGAUGGACGCGUGUCGGCGCUUUGCUUACUUAUUUGGUUUGGGUGGAAUGGUGAUGGUGAUGGUGAUGGUGAUGGUGAUGGUGAUGGUGAUGGUGAUGGUGAUGGUGGUGAUUUUUAG